AUGUAUAUCCACGGCAAGGUACGUAGAAUUGAGACACCCAUACUCUCAAAGGUAAACGGUGCCAACCCUAACGUUGUUCUCGUUGACAAAGUAAAGAGUUUUCGCAACGAUAUUCGUACCGAGAUGAACAGCAGUCGAACUCACAACAUAUUGAGCCACUCCAGCAGCGUCAAGGCCGAGAUCAAAGACACUAGACACUACAGCAGUACUGAAGUCAAAGACUGCUUGCUGAGGGUGGCCCAAGAGUUUGGGAGAAUUAUUGAAGACAUCCGAAGGCUCCGUAGUACCGAGCUCACGAGGCAAGGUAUCGACUUGGCGAAGAACGAACCAGGAGACCCCCAGGGAAUCAGCCUCGUCGCAGGAAUUUGUCAGCCGGCAAGACCCGGCAAGAACGGACACUUCCCGCUAGCAGUGCUGGCACAAACAAAUGUCGAAAGAGAAACGAUGGGCGGCCCCAAGCGCUAGUUCUUCGCUGCUGCUGUUUUAGCCCUUCCGCAGCACGGUGAAGGCUAUCUGCUAUCUGGAUCUCCGCCUUGUUAAGGCCUUGGAGUUGAUCGGCGAUGCUAGGGUGCCCAAGAUACGGCACUGCGGCUGAUUCAUAAUUUCCCAAACCCUCCUAUUAUCGAAGCUUUCCGAUUCUCGAAACCCUCCGAGGCCCUCGUACAUGCAUUUGGCAGAAGCUAGCGAAGUAUAUCGCAAAGUGUUGAACCAAUAUUAGGGAACCCUGU